AUGGAUGUUCGGUUGCAGGUACUGAAUUCGAAAUCGGUAUUCGGUAUGAAUGAUUCUUCGAUCUUGGCAACCUACCUGAUUCAAUAUAUCGGUUGCAUUCCAAUUACCAUCUCAAUAAAGUCACUCAACUUUCAGGAGCGAACUCAAAUAACCAGAGAAUGCAUCAUUCGAGUUUGUGAGGAUGUUGGCUUGAGAGUCCCACCACCCAAACCGCCUUCAGUGGAUGGCAUCUCCAAAUUUAUCGGCAAAGGUACUGACCUGACCUGGACUCGUCAAAGUGUGCGGCUCUCUAUCUCUGUUGAAGGUGUCACUGUCCAAGAUUUCCAUUCUGAUCAGGUGCUCUUUCAUCAUCGCCUCGGUGCUAUCUCCUUCGCCUCCUCGGGUGAGGCGGAUAUGAUGGACUUUGUGAGCUACGUCGCGAAGGUGGAGGAUGCAACAGAAGGUGGAAAGGAAGGGGUGGCUAAUGGUGAAAUGACUGGCGGUGGCGGAAUUCGGCGUUGCUAUGUCUUUUACUGUAGUGGCGGCUGCUCCCGCGACUUCAUUUCCAGCAUUGGCGAGGCGUUCAAACUUGGCUAUAAGGGCUUCAAACGGAGUCAGCGUUCUCAGGAUCCCCACCCAUUGCCUCCAAGGCCCGUUAUAGAUGAUUUGGAUCCUCCUCUUCCCGAGGCACCGGCACCUCCCGCACCCUCUGAUCCUUGGUUCGCUCCCCAAGGUACAGCUGGCACCCUAGGUGGUCAGGCUUUUGAAGACCAGUUCGAUGACUCUGCCUGGCUUUUGCAGGAGCACCAAGCACCAGCGGCAAGUGGCGCGCAGGACCAAUGGGUAGCCUUCGCACCAACCCAGGAGGAAUCACCACAAUCAGUGCAGGAGUCAACGAAGGUGGGAGAUGGACAAUGGUCGUCUCUGGAACCAGUGGGUGAGCCCUGGUACGUGGGUCGGGUGACGCGGCAGAAAGCGGAGUCGCUGCUGCAGUACGACGGUGACUUCCUCGUGCGUGCCUCCACGCAACAACCCAACCAAUUUGUUCUCAGUGGCAUGCAGAAUGGCAAGAAACGCCAUCUCCUUCUCGUUAAUCCUGAUGGUCAGGUGCGAACAAAGGACCGGAUCUUCAGUAGUAUUCAGGAGCUCAUUGACUUCCACCUACGCAGCACCACUCCCAUUCGGUCGGCGGACAGCGAGCUUAAGCUGGUCUUUCCUGUUUCGCCAAAUUGUCUGGAUCAGUAG